UCUGAAUCUGAGAUUGGAAUUGGAGCGGACUGAGAACCCAAAAUUAAACAUUCAGCCAACUCAAUUACCUAUUUGAACCGUCUAUUGCGCCAAAGAAUAAGCUACACCAAAAAGGAAUAAACAAUAUCAGUAACACGAAUCAUAGCUUAUGCUUCCGUUGCAAAUGGAAAUCCUACCUUCGCCUUAUAAGACCCUGCGCUCUCAUCUUCGAUCAACAGAUGCUCUUCGUUCUUCAAGCACAGGCAGCUUCAAUAUUUGAUUCUGUUAAACCACUGUACAGUGUACACGAUAAACUUUUACAAGUUUCUACCAAUUAUAUUUCUGGAGAACAACUUAGAACAAAUCAGUACAAAUCAUCAAUUACUCCAAGCUUCGCAUGAUCGAUCUGCUUGGGAUUCAUGACAAACAACAAUAUUCCACGAGAAUUGGUAUCAAAAUACCAAAUUAGUUUAAGCCGCUUCAUUACCUGCUUGUUUCAUUGCUUGCACAUUAUUAUUGUGCUCAUUAUGUCUCAAGGUAUGUGCACUUUCAUGCGAUGUAUAAAAAUAUGACUAAUUAUUAGAAAAAGGUGGUGCUGAAGAGCCUCAAUGGCCACCAAGAUCUCCCAGAGAAGCGCUUUUAAGUACACCCAGCGGUCGCGAUCGACUGCGACGAUUUGCAACAGGAUUUUCCCCUACUUCAUCUCCUUCGAAACGACCACCCCCUGUGUCGCCAUUAUCACACGAGACCGGCAAAGAUCGAAUGAAAGCGGAUAUGUUUAUAGAAGAAAUGGGGGGCGACGAUGACGAUGACGAAGAAACCUUGCAAUUGAAACUUCAAGCAAUUGAAGCUCGACUCCGACUAAAGAAGUUGCAGAAGAAGAGCAAGCAGAGUUCGGAUUCAGAGGGCGAGAAGAAUGAGAAAAUCGAGGAUCGCAGGCCUGCAUCUGUUCUCCUAAGAGCUAAUUCUGCGGCGACAAAUAGGGUGCCAUCAAGAUUGGCAGGAUUGAGAGAGAGGCAGUUACAAAGGCCAAAAUCGCGCGCCGAGAUUAAUGUUCCAGCAUCACCACCGCGCCGUGUUCAGCCUACCGAGCUCCCACGUUCGCCCGGAAGGGUUUUACUUGGUAUAGACAAAGGGUUGAAAGGAACCGAUGUUUCCCUGAAGAGAGCACCGAGUUUGAGGAAGAAUUUAGAGUCAGAAUUCAACAAUUCAAGGCGAACCGGGCCAUUUUUACAAAGAAGCCAGUCACAAACCGGAAAUCGCGCACCUGCGUCGCAGAGUUCGAGUUUGGAGGAGAGACCUAAAUCUUUUAGCGAGAGAAUGGCUGCAAUCAGGGCUGUGGACACCGAGCGACAGGAAAGAGCUGCUCGUAUAAAGAAAACCCGCAGCUCAGCAUUUGAUAUCGACCAAAAACAGAUGGAGUCGUUCAAAAACAACGCAGUUGAAUUGCCUAGCCAUCCCGCGCCCACCAAAGAAUUCAGUCGAGAGGAAGUCUUGAAUUCCUACAAUAAGUCAAACGGAGAAUUGAGACGCCACAAAACUACUUCUAAUUUACAUUCAACAAUGAAGAAUGGCAAGGAGACAUCUGCCAGGCCAGUUUCACGAGGCUUACAAGGUUCCUUUGACAGUUCGGGGCGUUCAGAGUCGAAGAACAGCAGCGAAAUAUACAUUGGCUUGAGAAGAGGUUCACAGGAUUCCCAAGGUUCCUUCGAUACCUCUAGACGUUCAGCAUUGAAAAAGAGUAACGAAAUAACCACGAAGCCAAGCUCUCAGAGUUCCCAAAGUUCAUUUGACUCUCUUCGCUCAGCAAUAAGGAAUGGCUCUGAAACAAAAUUCUUGACUAGGCCGAACUCACGUGAAAAGAGACCUGAUUCACAAAACAAAAAUAUGCAAAGUUCUUUCGAUAAUUUGAAAAGAACGCGCUCAAAUAGCAAUCCGAGCAAAGCUACAUCAGAAACUUCCGAUGGAGAAGCUUCGCAAUUCGAACCAUACUCAUCAUCUCACCUCUCCAAACGAAUUAUCCCUCACCAAGUGCUGACCCGGACCCUUCAAGGAAAGAAAACUUUCGUCAUACCUGAUUUACUGAGAACAGUCAAAGCGCCUGACUUUGCAGGUCCAGAAAUCGAAGAAGAUGUAGUUGUGUUCGCAACUAUUGCCGCAAAAUCUGCACCACGUGCGCACCAGGACCAAGCUAAGAAUGGCGGCAAAUUUAUGAUCCUUACUCUUACCGACCUCAAGUGGGAAAUUGAACUUUUCCUUUUUAAAACAGCAUUUGAAAAAUUCUGGAAACUCACACCCGGAACUGUUAUUGCGCUGCUCAACCCUGGAUUUAUGCCUCCAGCUCGAGGAAAAACGGACACGGGCAAAUUUAGCCUCACACUCAACUCAAGUGACGACACUAUACUUGAAAUCGGCACAAAUAGAGACCUAGGAUAUUGCAAGAGCGUCAAGAAAGACGGUAAAACUUGUGAUACCUGGGUCAAUAAACGACACACCGAAUUCUGCGAUUUUCACGUAAAUCUUUCUCUUACUAAGACCCAUGCAAACCGCAUGGAAGUUAAUACAAUGAAUUUCGGACCCAAGCGCAAUUAUGGAGGAGGGGGAGCAGAACGGAAGUACAAAUCCCAGGACAUGACAGGCUAUAUGCAACGUCGAGAAGAACUUAAGAAGGAAGAAAAGACUAAAUAUGAUAGAGAAAGUCAUAGUCAGAUCUACAUUGGCAAAAGAAGUGCUGUGAACUUACUGGACGAUGUCGAUUUCGAUCCCGAUGCUUUCCACAGGGGAAGCACAAAGGAAGACCGAAUGACUAGACAACUCCUAGCUCAAGAGAAGGAGAGAGAACUUGGCAGGAAAUUGGGGAUGAUGGGUGGAGGACUCGGUGCUGAUUACAUGAAGAAACGUAAUCCGGUACAACCCAACCGACAAGAUAUGCAGAACAGCGGGGACAGAGAACCAUCUCCACCUGAUGCUAAGAAGCUUGGCCUUAUUGGCACUAAGCCUUCUGUUCGAUUAAGUCCUAUUACUAAGCGUAAGCGAGCCAAUACGAUUGGUGGGAUUAAAAAGAAAACUCGCUUCGUGACAGAGAAAGGAAUCAGAGAGGCAGGAAGAGAGAGUUUGGGCGGUGCUGAAUUGGAGAUUGAAUUAGAUUAAGAGUUUGGAAUUUUUACAAUUUUUGUAGAAUCUUGGACAAUCAAGUGUUGGUUCUCGUAAAACGGUUUGGGAAGACUACUUUGGCGCGGUUUGGGCAUUCUCGAGCAUCAACAUAUUAUAUCCAGGGAGGUGAUGAAGGAGUACCAGUAUCAUUAUUGGCAGUGGAACUGGGGUUGGGAUUGGGACUGGGCUGGGAAGGAAAUAAAUGAAUUAAUGAAUGAAUGAUGAUCAAUGAAUGCGUUUGCAACUGUAUAGAAUGC